AACUUUUCUCAAUCUCUCUGCUCUCUCUCUGUUUUUUAGUCCCUGAUUCUCUCUUCUUCUCUGUUCCGGCAAUCUUUAUUUUCUGAAUUUUAAACUUUCUUGAGAGAAUCUUGAAUUUUGAACUUUCUUGAGAAAAUGAAGGAAAAUUUGGAAAACCCUUUGCGGCUCACCUCUCUGAAUCACGUCUCACUUGUUUGUAGAUCACUUGAGAAAUCCAUCGAUUUCUACACGAAUGUUCUUGGGUUCGUCCCAGUGAGAAGACCCAACUCAUUUAAUUUUGAUGGAGCUUGGUUGUUCAGUUAUGGAAUUGGAAUACAUCUUUUGCAAUCAGAAGACCCAGAACAUAUGAUGAAGAAAAGCAAAAUCGACCCCAAGGACAAUCAUAUUUCAUUCCAGUGUGAGAUCAUGGCAGUGGUGGAGAAGAAGCUGAAGGAAAUGGGAAUCGAAUGCAUGAGGCAGAUGGUGGAGGAAGGCGGGAUUCACGUCGAUCAACUGUUCUUCCACGACCCGGAUGGCUUCAUGAUCGAGAUAUGCAACUGCGAUAACAUCCCCAUUGUCCCACUAUCUGGAGAAGCGGUUCGAUCAUGUUCCCAGGUGAAUCUGCAGAAGAAAAUGCAGCAUCAGCAGCAACAGAUACAAGUAGUCCAACCAUAGGAGAGCUAUAGCUAGCAUGCCUUAGCUUUCUCUGCUUUUGUUUUUCUUGUUUAAUUCGUUUAUUAAUUUGGGGUUUAUGUAUUAAGAACUUGGUGAUCUCAUGAUUUCCAUUCCAUCAACAAAAUGAUAAUGGUCAUUUAUGCCCA